AUGGCUUCGAAGUGUAUGAAACGUAGCGACAGCAAGCACUCAGUGCUGCCAUCGUGUGAAGCCGUGCUCUCUCGCAUGGAAACUGCGAGCAUUCACUGUUGCUGGAAAAGUUGUUUAAUUAUAACUGGAGAUUGCGACAUCAGCAACAGAAGUGAAACGGUUGAAAUGAGCGCAACUCAGCCGAAUAGAAAUGUGAAAAGAAUUUUCAAUUAUCUGCCACAGCAUAAUAAUAUGGUUAUUGUGGAUGAUUGCGAAAAUAUGAGGUACAGUACACACACAGCCAAACUUCCAGAGAAGGAAUUCCUUAACGAUUUAAGAAUUGUUAUGAUAUUUUCGAACUGCAUUUGGAAACCGAAGCAAUUGAUGACGAAAUUUGGCUGGUGA